AUAGCACUGCGUGUUCUUCAAACAUUCCAAAACUUCAUUCCUCUUUCUCUCUAUCUUUUUCCUUUUUUGCCCAUCUACUGAGUUGUAGAGGGUUUCUUUGUGAAUGCAAUCGAAUCUUGAAGGAGAUUUCAUCAAGAGCUUCUGUUUUUGGAUAAUCUUUGUGUGCUUUUUGGUGAAAGAUUUGGUGUUUUUGGUGGGUUAUUACAAGAAGUUACAAAGAUGCCUACUUUGGUUAAUUACAGGGGUGAUGAUGAUUAUCACACCGGCGGAUCACUCUGCUCAAAAGAUUCACCCCGUUUGCUUUCCGUUUAUGGUCCGCCUUGCAAACGCCAACGAAUCAGCGAUUCAUACUUUCUCUUCUUCGAAGAGGAUCAAAAGCCAUCGAUCGAAGUCCUUCCCGACGAAUGUCUUUACGAAAUCCUCCGGCGUUUGCCCGGCGGCCAAUCCCGGAGUGCCUCCGCCUGUGUAUCAAAGCGAUGGCUCACAGUUCUAAGCAACAUCAGAAUCUCCGAGAUCGAUAAUGGCUCAUCCACCGAUGUUGAAAUGAUCUCACCGGAAAACGACGGAUUUCUCACAAGGUGUAUAGAAGGAAAGAAGGCUACAGACGGCAGACUUGCCGCCAUUGCCGUCGGAACCUCUGGCCGCGGCGGAUUAGGCAAGCUUUCGAUUAGGGCAACCAACAAAGUAACAAAAUCUGGAUUCACAGCAAUCGCACGUGGUUGCCCUUCGCUUAAAGUUCUUUCGUUAUGGAACUUGCCUUCAAUCGAGGAUGAAUCUUUAAUCGAGAUCGCAAAAGAAUGCCAUUCAUUAGAAAAACUCGAUCUUUCCCAUUGCCCCUCGAUUUCCAAUAAAGGUGUUUCUGCAAUCGCUGAAUCCUGCCCAAAUUUAUCCUCUUUAACUAUCGAAUCUUGCAAAAACAUCGGGAACGAAACCCUUCAAUCCAUUGCCCGACACUGCCCGAAUCUUCAAUCGAUCUCAAUCAAAGACUGCCCGCUCGUCGGCGAUCAAGGAGUCGCAACUCUGUUAUCAUCACCAUCUUCGAUUUUAAAGAAAGUACGACUCCAAUCUUUAAACAUUACAGACUUCUCACUUGCUGUAAUCGGGCAUUACGGGAAAUCAAUCACUAAUCUGUCGCUAAUCAGCCUUCAAACUGCGAGUCAAAAAGGGUUCUGGGCUAUGGGUAACGCAAAAGGUCUUCAAUCUUUGAUCUCGUUAACUGUGACCUCAUGUUAUGGGAUUACUGAUUUGAGCUUGGAAUCGAUUGCAAAUGGGUGUGGUUCGCUUAAACAGAUGGUUAUUAAGAAGUGUUGUUUUGUGUCUGAUAAAGGGUUGAUUUCAUUGGUGGAUUCCGCUGAAUCGCUCGAAUGUUUACAAUUGGAAGAAUGUAAUCGGAUCAGCCAACAUGGAGUUUUCGGAGUUCUAUCUUGCAAUUCAAAAUUGAAGUCUUUAUCGAUCGUAAAAUGUAUGGGAAUCAAAGAUUCCGCUGAAUCGGGGAUGGAAUCGGAAUCGGAAUCAGGGUCAGUCCGAUCUUUAACGAUCAAAGACUGUAUCGGGUUCGGGAACACAAGCUUGGCAAUUAUUGGAAGAUUAUGUCCGGACCUAGAAAACAUCGAGUUAAGCGGGCUUUGCGGAAUCACCGAUUCCGGUCUCUUCCCGCUUCUCGAAAACCGGAAUACCGGGCUCGUGAAGGUGAAUUUAAGCAAUUGCGUAAACUUAACCGACAAAUUCGUGGUGGAUCUUGCUAGGGUUCAUGGCGGAACCCUAGAAGUCUUGAAUCUUGAAGGCGGUCGGAGGAUCACUGAUGACAGUCUAGCGGCGAUUGCGGAAAACUGUGUGUUGUUGAACGAUCUCGAUGUUUCAAAGUGCGGAAUCACGGAUUCCGGAGUAUCGUGUUUGUCGGAAGGUGUUCAAAUUAAUUUACAGAUCCUUUCGGUAUCGGGUUGCUCCAAGAUUACAAACAAGUGUGUGCCGUUCUUGAAAAAAUUAGGUCAAACCCUAGUUGGAUUGAACAUCCAACAAUGCAAUUCGAUCACAAGUAGUGCGGUUGAUUCACUUGUCACGAAUCUUUGGAGGUGCGAUAUCCUAUUUUAAAUAAGAAUAAAGAUGGAAGGAUCGGUUUCGUGUGGUGGGGUUUGUCUUUGGCUCGUCGGUUGGUUUUCUGGUCACGAACAGACAGACUGUAUACAGUCUGUCUGUUCGUGACUCUUUUAGUCUCGCUUGAAAGCGAGACUGUUUCAACUGCGGCCAUGGUUGGACACACAAAGCUUUUCUUUUCGUGUCUAGUUAGGAUAGCGGUUGUGGGGUCGGGGUCGGGUCUUAUGGUUCGAGUCGUGGUCCGGUGUGGUUUGAAGGUGAAGGAGGGUGCAUCUGGUUUUUGGGCUUUGGUCAAUGGCACUAGUGCUAUUGAACAACACUUUGUGGUUGUUUUUUUUUUAACCAAAGUCCAUGUUUUUUUAUGGGAUUUUAGGAUCCUGUUUUCCCAGAUUGAUCAUCUUGAUAUUUCAAAUUGUACCUCUUUUAGUAGUUUUAAUGAAAAUGAAGGUUGAAAAUGUAAGUUACUGUGUGCUG